AGUUGAGAUUUUACUCUCCAAGAGUGUGUUUGGUCUUUAUCGGGGUGUAACAAAAACGUUUAAUAUUAAACAAGUUUAAAAGAAGUUAAACGAUUUAUAAGAGUACAUUAUUUUUUUAUUUAUCUUUAAAGGCUGACUGAAAUGUGUAACCUGAGAAAAGCAACUUCGGCUUUGCAUAAACUGUUUGUUUAUGGAGGUCUAAAGUAUGGUCAACCUAGCCACUCAAUUUUGGCCAAUGAUGGAAACGGUUUUGCCAAGUUUUGGUGCCGUGCAACUACCACCGAAAAAUUACCAUUAGUGAUAGCAACUCGCUACAAUAUUCCUUUCUUACUGAACAAGCCUGGUCUCGGCUAUUAUGUUACUGGUGAAAUUUAUGAAGUGGACGACAAGAUGCUUAAGAGUUUAGACAACUUGGAAGAUUGUGAAGAUAUUUAUGUUAGAGAAAUGCGUGAUAUGAACAUAGGAGUUGGAGAAGGAACCGUUCCUUGCUGGGUAUAUUUGCUCCAAAAAUAUCCUGAAAAACUAUUGAGUCUACCAUUUUUAUCCAGUUAUGAAAACAGCCCUGCUCAUCCUUAUGUAAUGCGUAACAAACGUCAUCACAAGCAUCCUCCUAAUGAGGACCUUUCAUACACUGCCACUAACGCCUAAACUUGUAUGGCUAUUUGUGAUUUGAUCGACAAUACAGACAUAAUAUCUCGCGUACAAUACGUUACAGUUUGAUGUUAUAAUGUUAUACCUUUUUAGAAAAUUUUACAAUUAAGUAUGUUUUAUUCUCCAAGUAUACAUAUGUAUGUACAUAUGUAAGUAUGUUUUAUUCUCCAAGUAUACAUAUGUGUGUAUGUAUGUAUGUAUGUAUGUAUGUAUGUAUGUAUGUAUGUAUGUAUGUAUGUAUACAUAAAAUUUAGUCAAUAAAAUUUAGCUGCAUAUGAGCCGAAGAAUGAAAGUAAUACUUAAAACAUUUGAUCGGUAAUACAAAAAAAAACGGCCGAAAACGUAUGAUAUUCCACAACGAUAAAAAAUUUUUGUAAAAAAAUAUAAUUAACACAUAAAUGUAUGCACAAAUCUACCUAUAUAUGUAUGUCAGACAUAAGAUCAUGGUUUAUUAGUUUUAAAAUAUAGUAUUUUAAUUAUAAUUUACAUGUAUUUUUAAAAUUUUGUGCGAUAAAUAAAGAUGAAUGUAUUUUUAUAUA